UUGUUACUGUUUUUACCACAAAAUGAAACCAAGUAGCGAAAAGGCUAGUGACAAUGCAAGUGAAAAACCUAGUCUUCUGUCAAAACUCAUGGCUCGUCAUAAUGAACUUUGGGUAUUUGAUGAUGUUACCUUCAACGAAGUCUCCUCAACUUCAAAAGACCAGUUGCAGUUAUCUCAGGAUUCCAAAAGUCUCCCUGAUUCUCAGAAAGUACUACCAGAACAUAUGCCACAACAACAACAACAACAACGACAACAACAAGAAAUUAAUCAUCAAUUGCCUAAAGUAUUAUCACCAACGGAACAACAACAAUCAAUGCAACAAGGAAACGAAAAGUCACUUCAAACAAAACAAAGGCUAGCGCAACACCAUUCUGAAAAGGUAUCACAAGCAAAACGACCAUUAGAAGAGCAGCAACCUGAUAUAAUACCACAAGCACAGACCGACCAAAAGCAAUUAUCUUUAUCUACACAGCAAAAACGUGACGAUCGAAUUCUAUCAACCGAAAAUACAGUAUCGACAACUUUAUCAAAAACUCUGGCUAAAGAAUCCUCUCAAGACAAAGAACAGACAGCUGAAACAUCCCAAGCUCCUGUAUAUGAACGUUUGAAAGGUUCGCAUUUAAGUAUCAAAUUGAAACACAAGAGUGACACUUUGAAUCCAUCACCAACCAACAACCAAAAGGAAUCUUCAAAAAAGACAACAACUCCUCUUACUGGCAUUCCUAUUGGUAUUCCUCCAAGAAAUCCCCUUGACAAAGCCGAAAAUACUCAACAAACAACAGCUUCCUCCGACAAUCGCAAAAAUAUUUCUUCAUCAUCCAGUUCGAAAUCUUCAACAAGUAGGCAUUCAUCAGCAGGAACCAACGACAAUAACAAAUCAUCAACAUUGGACUGUGUACCAGGAUUUGAAAAUAGGAUAUACAUUGGCAACUUACAUCUCGAGUGCAGCAGAAGUGCUGUCUUUGAACGCUUCAAAAGAUAUGGCUAUAUUGAAUAUAUUUUAAGAAACGUCAACACUACACACGCAUUUAUCGAUUAUUCAAAUGAUUUUUGUGUUGCAGAAGCUAUUAAAGAUGCAAAUGGAAAGUUGUUCAAAGGUGGAAAACUUCGCGUUGAACCUUAUCGACGUACGAAUUCCUCGUCUUUUCUGGGCAAGAAUGAAGAUUUACCCACGGACACUCCCAGCGUUUUUUCUCGUCUCCAACCUCUACCUGGAUUAUCAACAAGGACAGAAAAUCAAAACCAUGACCAUGCUACAAAAGGACAACAAUACCCAGUCUCAAAUUCUGUAUCAGCAAUUCCAUCAACAGCUUCCUCGAUUUUGACAUCAAAUUCAAUACCAACCGAAGCACCACCAUCAUCAUCACCGUCCUCAAUCACACCUUCCGAUUUAAAACAAGCCACAUCAUCAUCGUCCUCAAUCACGUCUUCGAAUUCAAAGCAAGUUUCAUCAUCAUCGUCAAAGGUCUCAUCAUCGGCACCAGCGUCAGCAGAAUCAUCAUCAUCAUCAUCAUCUUAUUUGGCCAAACAACAACAUACUGAUAAUGAAUCUCAUCGCACUCGCUCUUCUUCAUCAAGGCGAUCUCAUUCACCAAGCACACGUUAUUCUUCUGAAUCACCUAGCAGGAAGCGACAACAUACGGAAUCUGAUUCGUCAUACAAGAACACUGAUAGUAGCAGAAAACGACAUACUGAAGACGAUACGCGGAAACGAGAUAGGGAUUAUGACAAUAGGAGAAAAUACUACAAUGAUGACACUGAAUACUAUUCUGAUGGCAGACGUCGGUAUGACAGACAUAUUCCUUCGUAUAGUCACCUAGCUAAAUCAUCAUCUGAUCAUCGUGCCGAUCGUCACUAUCGCCAACCGUCUUCUUCUUCAUCAACCAGUCAAGAUGUAUCUUCUCGACAAUACGACAGUGAUCGUGGACAGUUUAUUUUGACAGUAUCAAAGGAAUAUGAUGACUCCUCUGACAAACGACAAUCCAACAGAGACAGACAUUCAUCAUCAAUUGACAGUCGACAAUAUAGAAAUGACACGCAUUCAUCAUCAUCUGAAAGACGGCAAUCAAGCAAAGACAGGCAUUCAUCUUCAUCUUCUGAAAGACAACGAUCUAGCAAUGACAAGCAUUCAUCAUCACUUGAUAAAGGACAAUCUAGCUAUGAUAGGCAUUCAUCAUCAUCAUCAUCUGAAAGACAACGAUCUAGCAAUGACAAGCAUCCAUCAUCACUUGAUAAAGGACAAUCUAGCUAUGACAGGCAUUCAUCAUCAUCAUCUGAAAGACAACAAUCUAGCAGUGACAAGCAUUCAUCAUCACUUAAUAAAGGACAAUCUAGCAAAGACAGACAUUCAUCAUCGCUUGACAGACAGACAUCAUCAACCAAGACUCAGCAAUCCAACAAAGAUAAAUAUUCAUCAUCAUCUGAAAAACAGCAAUACAGCCAAGAAAAGGAUCCAUCAUUAUCUGAAAAACAGCAAUCCAGCAAAGAAAGUCAUUCAUCCAGUGAAAAACGACAAUCCAGCAACGAAACGCUUUCAUCUGCGGAUCAUCAAUCCAACAACGAAAAAAGUUCCUCAAUCAAUCUUGUACGCCAUUCACAAGAAGAUGAAUCGUCUAUGGAUCGACAAUGCGCUAAUCAACAACGACCCACAGAUCCCAGAAAACAACCACCAACAGAUCCAAGAAAACAAUUAUCAACAGAUACAAAAAAACAAUUAACAACAGAUACAACAAAACAGUUACCAACAGAUUCAAGGGAACAACCAAAAACAGAUUCUUCAAGAAAACAAUCACCAACAGAUCCAAGAAAUCAGUUAGCGACAGAUCCUAGGAAACAACCCUUACCUACUUCUCACUCGAGUAAUACUAGCAGCCUAAAACGACCAGCUGAUGAUGAUGGUAGCAGUGUCGAAUAUGGAAACGAUAUGAAGAGACAGUCGACAAUCAAGGCAGUAGAAACUGACAAGACAGGAAUGGAUAUUAGUGACCCGAAAAUAGAUACGUCUAACGUCAGCACGACAGGAACAACCAUGAUCAAGAAACGGACGACGAACGAAGAUCCUCGAUUAGGAAAAAAAGAUGAUUUUAGUAGAACGCAACAACAGACAUUUCAACAGAAAACAAACAUUACCAAUGAACUGAAUAUGAACCAGAUAGAAAAUCAUAAUAUAGCAACAGUGGACGACCCAUCACCAACAUUACAACGAUUACAUAAUGUAGAGACAGCGAUUUGUCAACCCCAGACACAAGAUUUAGUAAAUGGACAGUUAUUACAGCAACAAAUGGUUUUCUCGACACAUGCACAAGGUCAUCCAUUAGCCUUUCAUGCGUAUCAACCUCCAUCAAGAGAACUUGCUGCGAUUCAUUUGAUAUAUACCGGCUCAUUAUCACAUCAAUAUUUGGUUUUCAGAUUGGAAGAAGAGAUCGCUCAACAGAUUUCAGGGGUGAAACUCCGGACGAUACUCCUUCCAAACAGUCCUUUCACGCGAGAAGAAAUAUUGAAACAGGUACUCACCACAGGUAUCAAGGCAGUUGUUUUAUUAGGUACGGAAUUCGAACGUAAUGACAAGGUCUUUUUACAAGUCUAUGAAGAACAACCUGGCGGAACCAAUAGUCUCCACUUUGACGGUAGUGAACAAUUAUUUAAUCGGAUACUUUAUGGAAAGAAAAGGUGACAAAAAAAAAAGACAUGAAUUUCUCAACGCAC